UAUGUAUUAAAUUUUCAGAACAAUGAAAAUGAUGAAACAAAUCAUAAGGCCAAUUAGAAUGUGUACUCCAAUAAUAGCAACAAAUAAUUAUUUGAAUAUUUACAAUUUGAAUUAAUUCUUUCUAAGCAUGUCAUUAUCAAAUAAUGAUGACGAUUUAGAAGCCCUCAAUGUAAAAGAAGAACACAAUAUUCGUAGGUUAACUAAGAAUCGGAUGUCAGGUGCCCUCAGAUGAUUAUUUGAA